GCAUUGUGGGCCGCGUACUACAGGAAGCUGCCGCACCGGAAUCUGAAGAAUUCGAGGUGUUCGCCAAGUCUGCUGUUCAUCGUCGGCUAGCCUCUCCCUGUCUCCAUCUGUGCUAGGCUCUCUGCGGACGGACUGUAAGGUUUAACAAGGAGAAAAACAAUGUCUCAGGCCGACAAAAUGAAGCAGGGCCAAUUCACCAACCCUGAGACCCCAGGGUAUGUUGGAUUUGCUAACCUGCCUAAUCAGGUUCAUCGCAAAUCAGUAAAAAAAGGAUUUGAGUUUACAUUGAUGGUUGUAGGUGAAUCUGGACUUGGAAAGUCCACCCUGAUCAACAGCCUGUUCCUCACUGACCUUUACCCUGAGAGAGUCAUCCCUGGAGCAGCAGAAAAAAUAGAAAGGACUGUUCAGAUCGAGGCGUCAACGGUAGAAAUUGAGGAGCGAGGAGUGAAGCUCCGGCUCACUGUGGUAGACACGCCAGGAUAUGGAGACGCCAUCAACAGCCAAGACUGUUUCAGCACCAUUAUCAGCUACAUCGAUGACCAGUUUGAGCGCUACCUCCAUGACGAGAGCGGUCUAAAUCGUAGACACAUCGUUGACAAUAGAGUUCACUGCUGCUUCUAUUUUAUUUCCCCGCUUGGCCAUGGGCUGAAACCUCUGGAUGUCCAGUUUAUGAAGGCCAUUCACAAUAAGGUCAAUGUGGUUCCUGUCAUCGCCAAGGCAGACACACUCACCCUCAGAGAGAGGGAGAGGCUCAAGCGCAGGAUUCUGGAUGAGAUCGAUGAACAUGGCAUCAAGAUUUACCACCUUCCUGAUGCUGAGUCGGAUGAGGAUGAGGACUUCAAAGAGCAGACCAGGAUCCUCAAGGCUAGCAUCCCAUUUGCAGUGGUGGGAUCCAACCAGCAGAUUGAGGCCAAAGGGAAGAAAGUGAGGGGCCGCCUGUACCCUUGGGGGGUGGUGGAGGUGGAGAAUCCUGAACACAACGAUUUCCUCAAGCUGCGGAUCAUGCUGAUAACCCACAUGCAGGAUCUACAGGAAGUGACCCAGGACCUUCACUACGAGAACUUCCGCUCGGACCGCCUUAAACGGGGUGGCAGGUUGUCCUCCCAUGGUUACAUUCUGCCUCUGUCUCCUGCAAAGGGACCGGAGCCGGAGGAAAUGAACAAGGAUAUGAUCCUGCAGGAGAAGGAGGCUGAGUUGAGACGAAUGCAGGAGAUGAUUGCCAAGAUGCAGGCCCAGAUGCAGAAGCAUGGAGACGGAGAGGGAGACGGCCCCCAUGUGUGAAGAGUCUAUGGUAUUUGAGCCACUGCUCAAGUUUGACUAGAGAGACACGGAGGAUAGCAGAGAACGCGUAAUCAAGUUAUUGACUUGUAGUCCUUGCCACUAUUUUUAUUCUAAUCCUACAUGGGAUCUGGAAGUUUUUUGUUUUUGUUUUAUACGUACAGUACAGUAUAUUCAAACAGUGUUACAUUUAUAUAUUUUCACACGGUUCUAUUUCUUUUUAUUUUAUUUUGUUUCAUUUUAUUAAACUUUUGCCAGUUACUCAAAUGAAGUCACGUGACCCAUCUUUUAAAAUGGUGGCAUAUAUCUUUGAUACAAACUAUUACUUUUCCAUUUUUAUUUUUUUUUUGCUAUUUAGAAAACCAAAGUACUGCUGCUUGUAGUUCUCAAACAUCUCUCACAGCUUGUGCUAACUUUGCUUUGUGGAGGAGCAGCAUUGGGAGAGUCAGCUAAACUGAAAACUAGUAGCAGAAGUAGCUUUUUCCACCAUUGUUAUGCCAUUAUCUUGAUAUUCUUUAUGUGAAGAGAAAACAUUAUUUCAUAUUCCCUCUGGUUAAAAAAUGACCACGCAAGCCUCCCAGUAAAUAGGGUCCAUUUGCUCAGUGUUAAUCAUAUUACCCACCUCAUCUGCAUGCAACUCUCAGCCACGUCUGGUCAAAUAUUCAGGUGAAUUUUCCCUCUAGUGCUGUGUUGGGAUCAGCUUCUCCCUUUACUGUCAAAGACUUAUCCAUUAGUGCAGCUCUCAGAUUAGUACCUUUAAGUAAAAUGACAUUCAAGUGUUGUUACGCUCUGCUUGAGUUCGAUAUGAUCUAAAUAAACUGUGACCCUUGACCUCUUAGUCUUCCUGCAGACCUGAUAAAUGAAGGAAUUUCAAAUGAGGUGCGAUGCCUCUGUUUGGUGCUUUCAAUCAAUGAGAAGUAAUUACUCCAGGUUUCCUCUGAAGUCGUGCCAGGGAGCAUUAAAUGUCUGUUUUAUUUUUUGAUGCAGUGAGAUUUAUGAGGUAUAAACUUUUACCGGUCCCAACUGCUGAGUACUUUGUGGUUCCCAUGACCACAGAGAUUAAAGUGACCUAAUGAGGUCACUAGCCAACAUUUCCCUCACCAGCCAAGAUGUGAGUUCUUGACAUUCCUCUUUGUGCUGUUUUUAUCCAAUAUUAAAGCACCAAAUAUUGUUCUUGAUGCAUAUAUUGUAAUAAGUUUUAUUAAACUUUAUUAAUCUCC